AUGGCCGAGGCAUUCCUCAAGCACUAUCAGUACAACACUGAUAUGGCACCUAAUCGCACGCAGUUGCAAAAUCUGACUCAGAGGUCUGAAGAGUCCUUCAAAGAGUAUGCCCAGCGGUGGAGGGAAUUAGCUUCUAGGGUAGAACCCCCAUUACUAGAAAGAGAACUGGUAGACAUGUUUAUGGGAAACUUGCAAGGUCCAUACCUUGAUAGAAUGGUAAGGAGCACCUCUUCAGGCUUUUCUGACCUGGUCUUAGCCGGUGAAAGGAUAGAAAAUAUGAUUAAAAUGGGAAAGAUCCAGAACUCUGCUAGUACUUCUAGUGCAUCGAAGAAACCUUUUGUUCCCUAUGGUAAAAAACGAGAAGGCGAGACCAAUGUUGCCUCCAUUAUUCGAACAAGAAAUCCCACUUAUCCACAAGUAGCUGCCAUAGCUCCCGUCCACCCAAGUCAACAACAACCAUUUGCAAUUCCAGUUCAAACUCAACAACAACAACGGGAGUUAGGACCCCCACCAGCGGUUCUUCCUCCCGGUUAUGAUGCAAAUGCCCGCUGUGAAUUUCAUUCUGGCGCUCCCGGGCAUUUGAUCGAGAAUUGUAAAGCAUUAAAGUACAAGGUUCAAGAUCUUAUUGACUCUAAGGCAAUCACGUUCGCCCCCAAGAGGCCGUAUGUGAAUAAUAACCCGAUGCCCCAUCACAACAAUGCAUCGGUGAAUAUGAUGGAAGCUGACAAUGGAAGGAGAUUGAUGUCCUGUGUGGACGAGUUAAAAACACCACUCAUCGAGAUCAAGAAUGCUUUGAUGAAGAAUAAUACCUUUCCCAUCUGUGGUAAUGACUGUGAACAUUGUCUAAUUAACCCGCAACAAUGUAGAACAUUGAAGUCUGUCAUACAACAAUUAAUGAACCAAGGGAUCUUGGUGGUAGACUGCCCAUCCACAAAGGAAGAUGUGUCUACCCUCGAGAUACCAUACGACGAAGUCCCUCCUCUGCAAAUUCCAUAUGAAUUCUCUCAGUUAACUCUGUCAACAAAUCCUAUUACUCCAAUCAUAAUAACAGUUCCCACACCAUUCCCAUAUGUUGACACCAAGGCAGUCCCUUGGAUGUAUGACACCUCAAUCUACAUUCAUGGUCAGAAGAUUCAAGAAGAACCGAUAAAGUCUAGUGAGCCAAUGAUCAAUAUCACCGGCACUAGCGGAGUCACAAGAAGUGGAAGGAUAUUUUCACCGACACCCACUCCAAUUGGAACUAUCAAUCCUUCAACUUCAAACAAAGGAAAAUAA